CUUUCACACUUCAAGAAUUGGUUCUCUAAUCCCGACGUCUCCAUCACUUGUAGCGAGAGUUUGAUUACCUCUCCGGGGCAUGAGCCCACUUCUCAUCAUGGAGAGUCUUCAAAGCUCGGUUUGUCGUACCUGUCGACUACGACUGCAGAGCUCGAGUGCCGCAGCUCGACUCUUCUCUACCACAUCGUCAAGAUCAUACAUUCCUCCUGAAUCUCCUCACUAUGUCGACAUCCCCGAACCGUAUCAGUCGAUCACUGAACGACGUCCUCACCUCAAGGGUAUUCUACCAGUGCCUCGGGAAAUUUUCCCCCGAAACCGCCCUGACAAACCAGGACGACAGUACCUCGCCAACGUGACACGAGACCCACUGGAGAAGAACAAAAUUCCACUCAAUAAACAAACCGAAGGCCAGAAGUACAAGCUGCGCAUGGCGGAACUCCGCAAGUCUCAUCUUCGCGAAGGCUUGACCCAGCUGUACCAGCGCAAGAAAUCGUCCGAGGGCAAGAUCCUACGGCGUGUCAUCUACAAACAAGCCGAACAUGCGCGACUGAUAGCUCAACCUGAACGGGAGGACGAACGAUUGACAAAAGCGUCUUUGCCCAGUGCCAUGCGUCCACAGAAGCUACAUCAGCUCUCCGAAGAGGAAGAAGCAGCGAUUUUCAGGGCUCGAAAGGAACGUCACGAAGCGCUUCUCCAGGCCAAGGUGGACGAUCGCAAAAAUCGACUGCACACUCUGUAUAUGAAUGCUAGAAAAUUCAUCACCACCCAAAAGCAGUUGAACACAGCUUUGGACGAAGCAUUCAGUACUGGCAGCAUGCCGAUCUGGGAACUGGGCAUGCCCUCGGGGCUGGAUGAUCUGUUGCGCGCUGGCGACAAUUCUGCUCUUCAGCCUGAUUCUAUGGACGCCAUUGCUGGACCGGAUCAGCGCAGCCUCUAUGACAAGCGCAGGCGUGAGAAGUUCGACCUCGAUCAAACUCGUAUGCGCAGAAUCGCAGAAAAAUUGAGCGGUGGAAAGAUGUAAUUUCUGCGUUGGGCCAAAUGAUGCGGGAUUAGGAGAGGUGGCCUUCAAAGGAGAGCCAACUGGGUUUUACAUCGUAGUAGGGUGAUCGACAACAAGAUCAAGAUAGGUGCGUGUGCAUGUGCUCACAGGUGAUACUUCACAUGUAAAAUUAUACGGCUGGUGGCCAAUAUGCUAGACAAACGUUGAAUUAUUAAAACAGAGGACUUGGAAUCUUUGCAUUCAGUAUUGAUCCG